AGGAGGUCGCCGAUAAGGAGAUGGGAUGAGGUCAGGUGGUCCGUUCCCCGGAUUCGCUCCGCAUCGGGUGUUUUUCCAACAACAUUUUAGACCUCACCAGUCACCAGCAUUCACACCCUCAUUGCUGUUGAUUUUCCCCACAGCCAUGCUGCUAUCCUCAACUUACACCAAGCUUAACCCCAUCUAACACAACCACAACCACCAUGACGACCCCGCAAUCCCAAAUCGCCACCCAUCUCCAAACCACCAAAUCCCUUGCCGUCUCCCCAACCUGGCUAAACAGCUUCCUCUCCUCCUCCACCGCACUCCAACGCAACAUCCCCCUCUCCGCACUCACCCAAACGGCCCUCUUCCGCAUCCUAGCCUCCGACUUCCGCGACUCCCUCACAACAAAUAACCCCUCCUCUCUCCUCCCAAUCGACAUCUUCGACCCCACCGUGCAAGAGCGUCGACUCCCAGGCCCCAUCCCCGUCCAGGUCCUCGAUAUCGAAGACAUCGGAACCAGUCUCUGGAGUCAAGUGGAGGCGAUUGAGCGCGUGGAGCGCGGCGAGGCGAUCCGGGGACGGGAGAUCGUGCGUACGGUUAAUGUGGGUGGGGAGGAGGGUGAGGAGGGUGCGGCUGGGGCGGGUGAGACGGGCGGUGCCGGUGCGAGCAAUGGUCCGCAUCGGUUGAUUUUGCAGGAUGCCGCUGGGACGAGGGCUGUGGGGAUUGAGUUGGUGCGGGUUGAUGGGGUUGCGGUGAAUAAACUUCCUAUUGGGGCGAAGAUGGUGUUGCGGAAUGCGAUGGUCGCUCGGGGGAUGGUUCUCUUGACGCCUGAAUGUGUGACGGUGCUUGGGGGGAAGAUUGAGGGGAUGGAUCUGGCGUGGAAGGAGGGGAGGAAGGCUAGGUUGUUGGAGAGGAUUUCUGGGACAGGUGAGGGGCAGAUGUAGAUUGGUUGACUACAGGAUUCAGGGUGUGCAGAUGGGCU